CCAGGAAGGCGUGCGCACUGAUCCAUCUCUCACUCACGCUCUUCGCUCCGAGUCCCGUCACAGCGGCGAAACUCCUCUGCGCUCCCGAACUGUUCAGAGCGGAGGUGCGGAGGGAGGAGGGCAGGUGAGGUGAGGGGAGCAGCGUCGCCUCCGUCUCCCCGCUGACCCCUAGUGGCCGCUCCCCAAACAUGGCGGACCGCGCGUCUCUGGGCAAAGUGAGCGGCUCCACCGAAUCCGUCGCCACGGUGACCAGCGAAGAGUUCGUCCUCGUCCAGUCGAACGCCGGGUCCCCGCAGAGCUCGGAGGGCAGGCCCCGGCUCAAGAUGUCGUGUAACGGCGACGAGCAGCUGGAGAAGGCUCUGGAGGAGGUGCUCGACGACGACGACGACGACGAUGAAGUGAAAGAGGAAAAGAGCAGCACAGAGAAGAUGGAGAAACACGAGGAACCAAAGAACCAGACCCCGAGACCCUGUGCUCCAGACCCGGCACCUGCCUCUGCACCUGCCUGCCCUGCACCUGCCCCUGCACCUGCCCCAGCACCUGCCCCAGCCACGACUCCUGCCCCGGCACCGGCACCUGCCCCUGCCCCGGUCCCUGCCGUCCCAGAAGAGGACAGCGUGCAGUUUAAUAAACUCUUGUAUCUGGGCUGCACUUGGGUCAAAGCUCCGCGGAACGAGGCCGAGGCUCUGAGGGCCAUGGCCACGCUGAGGGCGGAGAGCGCCGUGCCCAUCCCCGUCACCCUGCACGUGCCCUGCGGCCCCAACGGAUCAGUCAGGAUCGUGGAGCAGGCGUCGGGCACAGAAAUCGCCUCCUUCCCCAUCUACAAAGUGCUGUUCUGCGCCCGGGGGAAAGAGGGCGCCGUGGAGAGCGACUGCUUCUCCUUCACCGAGAGCUACAGGAGCUCAGAGGACUUCCAGAUCCACGUGUUCUCCUGCCAAAUCAAGGAGGCUGUCAGUCGGAUCUUGUACAGUUUCUCCACGGCUUUCCGGCGUUCGUCUAAACCCGCGGACUCGGUGGACCAGCCCCACAGCGCCCCCUCUGACAGCGACCUGUACCACUUCACCGUGACUCUGGACAUCAAGGAGGACGACGGGAAAGGAAACUACAGUUCGGUGCCUAAAGAUCGUGACAAGUUCUACUUCAAACUGCGUCAGAGCGUCCAGAAGAAAGUGAUCGUGUCCGUUCAGCAGACGACCAACAAAGAGCUGGGCGUCGAGAGGUGUUUCGGGAUGCUGCUGAGUCCGGGACAGAAAGUCAGCAACAGCGACAUGCGUCUGUUAGAAAUGGAGUCGAUGGGGAAGAGCUCCGAUGGAAAAGCCUACGUGAUCACAGGGAAGUGGAACCCCAACAUGGCCGCCUUCCAGCCCCUGAACGAAGACACGCCCAAAGAUAAACAGGUGUACCUGACUGUAGCUGUGGACCUGGUGGUGACGGAGGUGGUGGAGCCCGUUCGGUUCCUGCUGGAGACUCUGGUCCGAGUUUAUCCCACAAACGAGAGGUUCUGGUACUUCAGCCGAAAGAGCUUCAGCGAGGACUUCUACCUCAGACUCAGACAGGAGCAGCAGGGUCAGAGCGACGCCGUGUUCGAGGUGGUGAGUCUGCAGAGGGAGGCCGACAGGAGCAACGACGACAAACUCCAGCCGACGUCUCCCACCGAGGAAGAGGAGCAGGACGAAGAAAGCGACAAUGAAAUCUCCAGCGGAACCGGAGACGUGUCCAAAGAUUGUCCCGAGAAGAUCCUGGAGUCCUGGGGAACCAUCCUGAACAGAUGGUAA